AUGGACCACCAAAUAACAGAAGAUUGGAAGAAGGAGAUCACAAAACAAAUGGAUGCACUUCGACAAGCCAAUAAACAGAUCGACGCCGAACUUCAAGCAACCUCAGCCAUUCUGAAAGAAGUUCGAAACCACAACAACUCACUUGUUAUACAGUCAACAACCUGCGAAAGGAAAACGAGUAGCUGA